AUCAAUCAGUUGUAUAUAGUGGAGUAGAGCAGAGAAGGCAAUAACAAUAAUUUGAAAGAGGAGGUCCAAGCUCAUAUACCAAGCGCCUCCAAGUGGGUUUUAUCUAAAGCUUCAUUUCUCUUUUGUGGUAGUCGUCCCUGACUGUAUUGAGGAUACCCAUAUUUGUUUGAAGAUCACUGCGGGCCAAGUGCUCGAUCAAAUGCCUGAACCGGUCAAAUGAAUUGCUACAGUCUCUGCUUACAGAGAUACCAGCGUCACUGCCACUUGGAUGAAACCAGAAGAAACCAUGGAGCCUGAAACAACGUUGCAGCCUCUAAAAAACAUCGUGCCAGCGGCGCAGAACAACAUAAACGCCAAAUUCAUACUUCUCGACAAAGGCAGAGUAACACUUGAAGGACAAUACAAGACUUGCCUUGCGCUUGUUGCGGACGAGACGGCGGCAGUGCACUUUCAGUUGUGGGGCGACGAGUGCGACGUUUUCGAGCCUGGCGACAUCAUUCUAUUGACGAACGGCAUAUUUUCCUACAGUCGCAACAAUCUCGUUUUGAGGGCCGGUAAAAGGGGGAAAGCACAGAAAGUGGGGGAAUUUACAUUGGCCUUCGUGGAGACACCCAAUUUGAGUGAGAUACGGUGGGCACCUCACCCUAAUGACUCCAAGAAGUAUGUGCAGCAGGCUGUGGUUUCUCCACAUUCCCGUAUUUUCAUCCCUCCGCGUUGAAGGUGCUCCUGAUUACUAUGUAGAGUUUUAAUGGUCUGUUUGUGUGUUUGAUGUCCACUAUUUAGUAAUAGAAAACGGAGUUCUCCUUCUUACCCGCUUAUCCGUUUGAAACUUGGACUUGUUCUUUAGUAGGUCUGUCCAAUGACUUCAUUUAGGAAUUUGGCUCAGUUAUGCAGAAUUGUUAAGCUUGUCGAAAUGGUGUUUUCUAGAAUAUGGAUUGAUGGAAACAAAACCUAUGAUAUUGUGUUUGAGACAGAUGCGCUAAAUUAUACUAAACUCUGAUCUCUUUUACAUAAUCAAAUUAAUGGAUAUGGUUAAGUAUUUUUCUCAA